CUUAAUUUGAACAAUAACAUCGUCCCUAAUAUUUGGGUAGAAUGGAUUAUAAUUCUCCAUAUUUUAACACUACCAUAGCUGGGAUCUUUGUCUUACUUCUCUUUUCCUGCUAUCUGCAAAGGAAAUGGAGAUCUAGAGCUUUCAAGGGCAAACUCGCACCCCAACCACAGGGUGCAUGGCCUUUAACAGGUCAUUUUGCCCUUUUAACAGGAACCCAAGAUCCUCAUUUAACAUUGAGUGCUGUAGCAGACACAUAUGGUCCAGUUUUCACUAUCAGAAUAGGAGUGCGGCCUCUUCUGGUGGUGAGUAGUUCGGAGGUGGCUAAAGAAAUAUUCACCUCCAAUGAUUCGAACGUAACCUUCCGUCCUGCAUUAGUGGCCUCGAAACUUUUGGGCUAUAACUAUGCGUUUUUUCCUUUCACUCCCGGCGGUCCAUAUUGGCGUGAAAUGCGCAAGAUAGCCAUCUCAGAACUUCUCUCUAACAGCCGGCUUGAGCUUCUCAAGCAUAUUAGAAGCCAGGAAGUGGAAACCUCCAUAAAAGAGUUGUACAGAGCAUUCGUGAAUAAGAAGACUAUUGAAAUGAAGCAAUGGUUCAGUGACUUAAAUCUGAACGUCCUUCUUAGGAUGAUAAUCGGCAAGAAAUACUUUGGUGCUGGUGGUGUCGGUGAUGAGAAAGAAAGACGACGAUUACAAGAGGAAAUAAAGGUGCUUUUUCAUUAUCUGGGGAUGCUUGUCCUGAGAGAUGCUGUUCCAUUUCUUGGAUGGAUGGAUGUGGGUGGACAUGAGAAGGCAAUGAAGAAAAAUGCUAAAGAACUCGAUGAUUUUAUGGUGAAAUGGCUACAAGAGCAUAAGCAAAAGAGGUCUAACAAUCUUGAUGAUGCUGAAGAUGAGAAAGACUUUAUGGACGUUAUGCUUUCAAUUCUUGAUGGCAAAAGCCUUGAAGGCUACGAUGCUGAUACAAUCAUCAAAGCCGUAUCCUUGAGUUUAAUUGCCAGCAAUGAGACCGUAACAGUUGGUAUGACAUGGGCGCUUGCAGCAUUGCUAAACAACAAGCCUUUGUUGAAAAAGGCUCAGCAAGAACUAGACAAAAUUGUCGGCAAGGAAAGAUUAGUAGAUGAGAAAGACAUCGACAAGCUUGAUUAUCUCCAGGCUAUAGUUAAAGAGACUCUAAGACUUUACCCACCAGCAUUCAUCCCUGGACCUCGUCAAUUCAUUGAGGACUGCACUAUAGGUGGCUAUCAUGUCCCCAAAAAUACUUGGUUGAUGGUGAACGUUUGGAAAAUCCAAAGAGACCCUCGUGUUUGGCCAGACCCAACAGAGUUCAAACCAGAAAGGUUUCUCACAACCCACAAGAACGUCGAUGUCCGGAGUCAAAAUUUUGAGUUGCUUCCAUUUGGAGGUGGCAGAAGAGGUUGCCCAGGAGCAUCCCAUAGCCUUCAUAUGAUCCAUUUGACAUUAGCCACUUUACUUCAUGCAUUUGAAAUCUCCACUCCCACAGACGCAGCUAUUGAUAUGACUCCAGGCUUUGGACUGUCAAAUAUGAAAAUUGCUCCACUUGAAGUUGUUGUCUCACCUCGCCUGCCACCCAGUUGCUUUGAACAAUAAUAGAAUCUAAUGCAAGUGACUGCAGAAGGAGAGCGGUAGCUCAUGUCAUUUCCAAGAUUUGUGUGCCAAUAAAUAAUUGUUUAUCCACUUUGUAUCUCUGAUGUAAAUGCAUGAGAAGGUUACGCUAAUAGUAUAGUGUGCGUUUAUGCCGUUUCCUAUAAUGGUUCUGCCAGUUUCAUGGAUGACAAGUCAGAAGUUUGGUCUGAUUAUUCUGGCAGUGGAAACUGUUAAGUUACUGUCUUAAAACAUUUUAAUGGUGUUGUCGUUUAUGUAUUCGGACGAAAUAAAAAAAUAUGUAUUAUCA